AUGACCGAUAUCGACACUCCUGCGUCGCCUUUGACGCCCAACUCCAAGGCACACCUCGAGGUGAUUGCAUACAACCAGUACCUCCAGGCCAAAGAGCAGAUCCAGCAGCUGGAACACGAGCUGACGGAGUUUCAGGAGUCAUCCAAGGAGCUGGAACUCGAACUGGAGCAGGAACUGGCUGAAAGUGAUAAGCGACAGGCCAAACUAGAGGACAGAAUUAGCGCACUUGAAUCCGAGGUUACGGAAUGGAGAAAGAAGGCUCUGGACGCCCAUAAGGAGGCAGCCUCUACACAACAGGCUCUACAAAGAGAAGUGAGCAGUCUACGGGACGCCCACAAGCUGGUGAAGGAACGGCUGAGAGAAACGGAGAACGCCAACGACGACAUUGAACAACGGGAACGAAUCACAUGCUCCACCCUGGAAGAUAUUCAGACUCGCUACAAUGAAGCAUUGGAGAACGUGGCAAUCCUGGAAGCUGAACUAGCAGCCAAGGAUGUGCUGAUUGGAGAGCACCACCGGGCCAAGGAAGAGAUAAAGGAUCUGACAGAGGAGCUGGAACACACCAGAAAGAAACUGGCGAUCCGGGAUCAAGAGCUGGAGGAUGCCAACAAGCGAAUCAUGAACCCUCCUCCAGCGACAAACCACAACGCCACCACGCACCGACGGGCUGUUUCUGGAACCGCCCAGGUCUCGGCAGAGGGUUACCUUACCCCCCUUACUUCUACAGGGGCCAAACCGCUGUCAUCAUCAAGAUCUAUGCAGUUCAUUCAUGGUCUUCAGUCUCAGAUGCGGUCUCUGGAGUCACGUGUUGCACAUGUCAAAUCGUCCUUGCCUAAACCGACCACUCCAAAGCGUGCCAAAUCUUCAGCUUCUGCUGUAUCGGGAGCUUCUACUAUCAAGAGUUCACCCAGUAUGGCUCUUCUGACGCGUAAACUGAGUGAAGCAGACGAUGUGGUCAGUUUGUCACCUUCCAGAUCAACUUCUUCUCUUGAAGAUCUGUGCACUCCUUCUCCCAGCCCACAGGUUGCAAGAAGAGAUAUGAGUGGAGGAGGAAGUCGAUUGGAUCUAAGAGCAGAUCCUAGACUCAAUGGUCGACCCAAAACGCAACAACCUAGACCUAGCUACAAUUCUGCACUGGCUACAGCCAAACCUUUAGAUCCGAUCGAAGGAUCUCCCACAUCUCUAGAAGGUCGAAACCGAACCAGAUCGGCUUCCCCCACCAAGAAGCUCUCUUCAUUAUCCCUUAAUGCCCCCUCACUCCCCCAGUCCCAAGCGCGAGUCAACAUUCCUGCACUCAUGAGACCAGCAAGUCCCAUCAAACAACCCAGCCCUCCUAAACCGGCCCCCGGAUCCAAGUUCGCGGACGUCUACGGUCGGAGACGAUAG